AUGGGAGACAACGAGCAGGCAUACAACAUUGUUGAGGCACAUGUGGUUGGAGAGUGUUCAGCUUCUAGGGAGAUAUUUAAUGUAGAUGAUUCUGACGUGGAAGAGGGAUCUGAGGUAGAGGGGGCUGAUAUUGGUUCUGGUGAAGAGGUAUCGGAGGAAGAGGGGGCUGAUAUUGGUUCUGGUGAAGAGGGAUCGGAGGUAGAGGGGGCUGAUAGUGGUUCUGAUGAAGAGGGAUCAGAGGAAGAGGGGGCUGAUAGUGGUGAUGGUGAAGAGGCAAACCAAUCUCGUGCCGCUGUGGGAUCAUAUGAGGAGGAUGAGUCUAACGAAGACUUUGAUCCGGAUGAAGCAUCAACACCUACACACAGAAGUCAGCAUGUAUUAGAUGAUGAAGAACCCGAGGACAUGAUGGAUAAUCUUCCAUUUUAUGAUCCACUGUGUGAUCACAAACAGUUUGAGUUCCAUGUGGGACUUAAGUUUCUAACUGUUGAAACUUUCAAGAAAGCUGUCGCCAAACAUGCAGUUUCUGUUGGGGCCAGUUGA